AUGCGUCGGCAAUAUAGCCUUGUAGUUCUCGGCAGUGGAGGAGUAGGAAAAAGCGCUCUGACAGUGAAGUUCGUAUCGGGAAAAUUUGUUGAAAAAUACGAUCCGACUAUCGAAGAUUUUUAUCGAAAAGAUAUUCUUGUGGACGGCGUUCGGCACACUCUGGAAAUCCUGGACACUGCCGGCACAGAGCAGUUUUCCUCUUUACGUGACUUGUACAUCAAAAACGGACAAUGUUUCCUAGUCGUCUACAGCCUAGUCAGUCGACAAACUUUUAGCGAUAUUCGCUCAAUGCGAGACAAUAUUCUAAGAGUGAAAGGAUUACCCGUUGGUGGUCCAGCAACUAAAUCCAAUGUGCCUUUGGUCCUGGUGGGUAAUAAAGCCGAUCUGGCUGGAGACGGACGUCGUGAGGUUGAACCGCACGAAGCUGAAGCACUUGCCGCUCAGUGGGCCUGUCCGCAUGUGGAAACGUCUGCCAGAGAUGACUCCGGCGUAAAUGAUGCUUUCCUUGAGGCUGUGAGACAGCUAAUUUCUAUACGUCCCGGACCAGUGUUCGAAGAAUAG